AUGAAGUCUGCUAUCUUCGCUGGUCUCCUGGCUACGGCCAUCGCCACUGAGGUCCAAUCCACCGUCUACCAGACGGAGGAGGUCACCAUCACCUCGUGCGCCCCCACCGUCACGGACUGCCCUGCCCGCUCCACCGAGGUGUCCUCCACGGUCCACUCCUACACCCAGAGCACCGUCUACAGCACCGAGUACGAGACCAUCACCAGCUGCGCUCCCGAGGUCACCAACUGCCCUGCCCGCUCCACCGUUGUGUCCUCGUCGAGCUACAUCGUCAGCUCCACCCUGGUUUCCGUCCCCCCGGAGGCCACCUCGACCUCCGUGUCGCCGGUCGCCUCUUCUCCUCCUGGCGCCCAGCCUCCCCAGGGCACUGGUGUCCCUCCUCCGGCCUCCUCCGGCCUCGUUCCCGGCCCCUCCGGCACUGCUGGUGGCGUUCCUCCUACCUUCGUCUCCUCCAGCUCCCCUCUGACCACCGGUAACCCCGGUGCCCCCGGCGGUGGUGCCAGCGUCUGCGCCCCCACCUACUCCGUCAAGACCAUCUCCACGACCACCGUCAUCCCGACCGUGAUCUACGAGACCGUCAACGUGCCUUGCGCCACCGGUGGCUCCCCUGCUCCUUCUUCCGGAUUCGGCGUCCCUCCCCCAUCCGGUGGUAACGGAACCGUCACUGGCUCCACCCCUACCCCCACCGCCGUCGUCACUGCUGGCGCUGGCCGUACCUUCGGCGUCUCCGCCGCCCUGGCUGGUGUCGCCGGUCUCGUCGCCCUCCUGGCCUAA